GGUGUGGGCCUUCAAUCGAUAAGCGCUCGCAGGGCUCCGCAAGCCUUGCUUCGAUAUCUUGCAUGAUGGCGGCGGUCUCCAGAGCUGUGUAUAUCGAGAUCGUAGUUAUAAGGUUGGUUUGCGCGACAACUGAGUGUUCUGUCUUCAGCGACGAACUUCCCCUCUCGUAGCCAGCAUCGCUAUCUCGUAUCUCCCUAAAUCAGGAACCUCCAAACGUCGAUCUCAAAAGCAAGCGACAUCAGCCAAGAUAUACCUGGAGAACCUCGUGUAUAUCUAAUCUAGCCGACGCUUUGAUAUAUCUCAUGCGCUACAGCCUCAAUCAGCCCCAGGACUGGCGACCAAGACAAGCCAGCAAUUGACGACUACCAGCACGAUUAUAUCCCAAAAGUCCUCGCCAACAUGUCUGCUACCAGCGACGUCAAAGACGACCAUCCAGAUCGGAUCGGUCCGGAUACAACACCCAAGAAGAGCUUCGCAGAGCGAGCCAAAGGCCUUGCAAAGGCCUUUACCACCAAGGAUGGCUUAGUUGGCAGCUACGAUUACGCUUUCCUCUUCACCCCGAACAUCCCCUUCGUCAAGCGGCAACGACGCGCAGCGCCUUUCUUCGGGCUUAAUGACUCGAUGCCGGUCUUCCUUGCGCUGCUUCUGGGCUUCCAGCAUGCUCUUUCCAUGCUUGCUGGCAUCAUCACACCGCCCAUCAUUUUGGCUAGCGCGGCAAACCUCGAUGCUCAGUUACAGUCAUAUCUUGUCAGCACGUCACUUAUCGUCUGCGGCAUCCUCAGUGCUGUACAAAUCACACGCUUCCGUAUCUACCGAUCCCCAUAUUUUAUCGGCACUGGGCUGAUCUCGGUCGUUGGUACAUCAUUUGCGGUCAUUCCCGUUGCGACAGGAGCUUUCGCCCAGAUGUAUGCGACCGGUUUCUGCCCGACUGACGCUAAUGGCAACAAACUGCCCUGUCCAGAAGGUUACGGAGCCUUGAUUGGCACUGCCUGCAUCUGCGGGCUUAUCGAAGUUGCUAUGUCCUUCACCCCUCCGCGCAUAUUGAGGAAGAUCUUCCCGCCUCUGGUUACCGGCCCUACUGUGCUCCUUAUCGGAGUGUCUUUGAUCGCAUCCGGCUUUGAGGACUGGGCUGGGGGAGCUGGCAACUGCAUGGCACGACCAACCUCUGGCAUCUUCGAGCUCUGUCCGACCAUCUACGCACCGCACCCGCUCCAGUGGGGUUCAGCUGAGUUUAUCGGGCUUGGAUUCCUGGUCUUCGUCACGAUCAUCAUCUGUGAACGUUUCGGCUCUCCAAUCAUGAAGAGUUGCGCGGUUGUUCUAGGCUUACUGGUCGGUUGCAUUGUCGCAGCGGCAUGCAACUAUUUCGAUCGCUCUGGGAUCGAUUCAGCACCGGUCGCUAGCUUCAUCUGGGUCCACACCUUUAGGCUCAGUUUAUAUGGUCCCAUUGUUCUACCAUUGCUGGCCGUCUACAUCGUGCUAGCUAUGGAGGCUAUCGGUGACAUUACUGCCACCUGCGACGUGUCCCGUUUGCAAGUUGAUGGCGCCCUCUUCGACAGCCGCAUCCAGGGAGGCGUGCUAGCCGAUGGCCUCAACGGUAUUAUUGCUGGGCUAUGCACGAUCACGCCAAUGUCGACAUUCGCGCAGAACAACGGUGUCAUCGCAUUGACUCGGUGCGCGAACAGGAAGGCGGGUUACGCGUGCUGCUUCUGGCUGCUUAUCAUGGGCAUCUUCGCCAAAUUUGCUGCGGCCUUAGUAGCCAUUCCGAGCCCUGUUCUUGGUGGCAUGACAACAUUUCUCUUCUCGGCCGUUGCCACAUCUGGCAUACGCAUCAUCUCGACAAUUCCGUUCACAAGGCGCAACAGGUUCAUCUUAACGGCAUCGCUCUCAGUGGGCUUCGGAGCGACGCUCGUGCCAAGUUGGUUCUCUUACGUCUUUACCUACGCGGGCAACAACAAAGGCCUGCUUGGCUUCUUCAAUGCCAUUGAACUCGUAAUGGAGACCGGUUUCGCGGUGACGGCGUUCCUCGCCUUGUUCUUGAAUCUGAUUCUCCCGGAGGAAAUCGAGGAUGAGGAGACGCCAGAGCUCACAGCCAACAAUGUCGACGACCAGCAAGAUGCUGAGGAAUGGGCUCGUAUUCAACACGGGAAGGAGGGAAAAGUUGAGCCAGGGAUGGAGGCGAAGAUCUAGAUCACUCACCUGUCCGCUACCUGUUAGCCGUGGAAGACAUGGUAUGUGUGUUCAGCAUUCCGCACGGCUUUUGAACCAAAGCUGAGUGUAUCCUCCAGAAGCAUCAAUCGUCACGACUUUGGGCCAGCAGCUUGUACGAUUUGCUGCAGCUUUGGGAAUAUAGCGUUUUGCAUGUGCCUUCCAAAGCAGUGCCGGUGGAUCCAUGCGAUCCAUUGGCCGUGAACCACCGUCUUGACAAGCGUCCACGUUACCUUCGUCUCCAAAAGCGUCCACGGCACUACUGCAAUUGGAAACCCGCCCGCCGGUCCCUCCACCUUCUUUCUACUCGCUUUCAAACAAGCGGGGUAGGAUGCUUCUCUGCCCACAUCUCCCUAAGUCUGUGGUAUGAAUCCACGAAUCGCAAGUUUAUGGGUAC